AACAAGCAGACCAUCUUCACCGAAGAGCAGCUGGACAACUACCAGGACUGCAGCUUCUUCAAUAAGAAGGACAUACUCAAGCUGCACGCACGGUUCUACGAGCUGGCCCCCAACCUCGUCCCGAUGGACUACAGGAAGAGCCCCAUUGUCCACGUGCCCAUGAGCCUCAUCAUCCAGAUGCCGGAGCUCCGGGAGAAUCCCUUCAAGGAAAGGAUCGUGGAGGCCUUUUCUGAGGACGGCUUGGGGAACCUCACCUUCAACGACUUUGUGGACAUGUUUUCCGUGCUCUGCGAGUCAGCUCCUCGUGAUCUCAAGGCAAACUACGCCUUCAAGAUCUAUGACUUCAACACUGACAACUUCAUCUGCAAGGAGGACCUGGAGAUGACACUGGCCCGGCUGACCAAGUCAGAGCUGGACGAGGAAGAGGUGGUGCUUGUGUGCAACAAGGUCAUCGAGGAGGCCGACCUGGACGGCGACGGCAAGCUGGGCUUUGCCGACUUUGAGGACAUGAUCGCCAAGGCCCCUGACUUUCUCAGCACGUUCCACGUCCGAAUCUGAGGACACUGCCGAGGCCACAGGAACUCAGAAGCCCACCAUCCAGCCCUGCUGUCUAUACGGGUGUCACCUCCAAGCCCCCC